UGCCCCCCGACCAGACCAACUGGGCCCUCUUCUCCCGUCCUCCAUAGACUCGUGCGUCCAAGUAGAUCAUGACCGCAGAAACCGUCAAAUCCCCUCCCACCUCACCCCCAGCCAAGCGAGCCAAGACCGAGACCUCCACAGCCAUGGCGGAACCAUCCAGCAACGGCACCGUACCGAUCACUAAGGUCGACCAGUCGCCGCCGCUCCUGAUCAAGAAGCUGUCCGGCAAGGCGCGCGUCCCCACGCGCGGCAGCGCCUUCGCCGCCGGUUACGACAUCUACGCCUCCAAGGACACGACCAUCCCCGCCCGCGGCAAGGCCCUCGUUGACACCGACAUCAGCAUGGCCGUCCCCGAUGGAACUUACGGCCGCAUCGCCCCCCGCUCGGGCCUCGCGUCCAAGCACUUCAUCGACACGGGCGCGGGCGUCAUCGACGCCGACUACCGCGGCCAGGUCCGCGUGCUGCUGUUCAACCACGGCGACGCCGACUUCGCCGUGCACGAGGGCGACCGCGUCGCCCAGCUCGUGCUCGAGCGCAUCUACAACCCGCCCGUCCUCGAGGUCGCCGAGCUCGAGGAGAGCGUCCGCGGCGCCGGCGGGUUCGGCAGCACGGGGGCUAACUGAGGGAAGGAGACUGCGCAUUGGGAACUUGGAACUGGGAUUGGGAACCUUGGGGUCUGGAGGGGACUGGGACGGCCGGCUCCACGUUAUCGACUAAUAGGGGUAAACGGCGCCGCGGUGUGUGUGUCUUAUCUCUGGAUCGGAUUGCUUUUUUUUGUCACAGCUUGUUGCAGUGGAAAUACUACUUGUAGGCAACGGGAGAACCUGGCUGGGUGUGGAAAUAGAUGAGUAUCUCGAAAGGGUGCUCCCUCAGCGCUGGACUUGGGGCUCCGCCCAUGGUUAGAGAGGAUAUCCUAGAGACAUUGACUUGGCCCAUGUGGCAGGAAUAUGAACGGAAUGCAGUGCUAUGUUAUCCCUUGG